GCUUUCUCUAUUAAUAAACCCUCACAAUUCGCUUGCGGGUCAUUCCAGUUCUCGUUCUCUGACAAUUGAGUUCUCUCUCAUUCCUCGCGCGUUCUUUCUUGAUUCUUGCUCUCUCAACUCUCCUCUCCUCUCCCGGCGCUCUCUGUCUCGGAUCUGCAUUGCACACCAAAUGUCUUUUGAUCUCAGCAAGAAAGUUACAUCAUUUCUACGGUGUGGUUUUCGAUUUAUGAGCCGGGGGAGGUUGUGGUAUUCUCGCAAUUUCUUGUUUCGACACUGGACUUGACAGCUUUUUCUGUUGAGUGACUUUCUUCUAAUUUUUAUUUGUUAGUUUAGUAUUUACACAUUUUCUAUUUGAUCAAGUGAGCAAAAGAGAAAGACAGUUAGUUAAACAAUAUUUACCAGGUAGUUGAGAAAUUAAGAUACAAGAUCUGCACAAAUACAUUAUUCACAACUUGUGAACAAUUAUUGGAAGUUAUUUCAAAGUGAUACUUCCUUUAGAAUUUCACAAUGGGGAAGACAUCAUUGCUUCCAGGAUUUCGCUUUCAUCCCACUGAUGUUGAACUUGUCAUGUACUAUCUAAAGAGGAAAAUAAUGGGUAGAAAAUUCCAUUCUGAUGCUAUUACUGAGGUUGACAUAUACAAGUGCACUCCUUGGGAUCUUCCAGCAAAAUCUAGUUUGAGAACUGGUGACUUGAUGUGGUACUUUCUGAGCCCACGUGAAAGGAAAUAUGGUAGUGGAGCUAGAAUAAAUCGUGCCACUGAGUUUGGAUUUUGGAAGAUCACUGGAAAGGAUAGGCCUGUUAAUUACAAUAACAAAACCGUUGGCAUGAUAAAGACUUUGGUUUUCCAUAGGGGUAAAGCUCCAAAAGGUGACCGAACAGAUUGGGUUGUGCAUGAGUAUAGAAUUGAGGACAAGGAUCUGGAAAAUCAAGGUGUUAUUCAGGAUUCAUAUGUGUUGUGUAAAGUUUUCCAGAAGGAAGGUCUUGGGCCAAGAAAUGGUGCUCAAUAUGGAGCACCAUUUAAAGCGGAGCAUUGGGAUGAUGACGAGGAUGUUGAUUGUAUGGAAUUAGUGUCUGCUGGUGCCAAUUCUAUUCCGGUGUCUAACUUAAUCAGUCCUGUUCCUGCUAGCUUGUCCUGCCUGUCAGAUGCUAUCUCAUCAGUUAGUAAUGUGCCUUUAAUUACGUCUAAAAAUAAUGGUGUAGCUAGUAGGGUUGAUACUGUUUUGCCUGUGGAUGACGUUGAAACAAUGUUAGGGAUCUUCAGGGAAGAUAGCACUUCGUUGCCGAAUGAAAAUGGUCAAAAUGAGAUUUGUGGUCACCAGCUUGAAGUUUUGCCCCAUUCAGAUGGCAAUAAUAUUUUCAGUGGUAAUGAUAUUUUCAGUGGUUUGGGAGAUUUGGACUAUGAUUGUAGACUCAGUGAAGGUGCAAUGAGUUACUAUGAAUGCGAUUACCUGAAUCAAAGCUUCUUGGGUGAUAAUACUUCAUUUUUGGAACUGCAUGAUCUUGAUACCCCAUUGGAUGGUCCUGUUAACGCUGGGAUAUUCUAAUCCAUUUACUGUGAUGAACGAUAUUAUAACUAGAGAUGCUGUUAUGAUGCCAGGCAGUCAUCCCUAGAGUAAAUACUGGGUGCCAGAGGACUUUAAGACCUAUUGGCCGCAUUUAUGAAGAUUUAUAAGUGGUGGAUCUCAUAUUGCCCUUGUUAAAUUUUUUUAUUUUCAAAACCAAAAUCGUCAGUGGAUUUCAUAUAACGAGCUGAAGAAUGCUGAAUCUGAAUGUAUUCUUUUAAUACUAGUAUAUCGUGUGCAUAUUUAGUUACUGAUUCUUGCACCUUAAAAUGUUACGACCUGGGCCCUGUGACAAUAAUUCAAGUUGGCAAAAAAACUCACAGUUGUUGCCGCGGUCUUUGCUA